GGUCCUCUUUGUCCACCUCUAAGCGAGCCGUGUCUUGCGCCAUGUGGUAGACAGUCGUUCAUCCGUGUGAAAGCUUGUCGGCAUUUUGUCAUUUUACGGGUUUUUAUUAUCUGAAGGAGAAAGAGAGCAGUGAAUUUCCACUUUGUCUGGGUGGCGCCUUUCGCCAUCUAGCAUUUGAGUCAACAAAAGCCUAAGAAAAUGGCGUCUAACGAGGACACAUCUGCUGAUCGUAACGUUGAAAUAUGGAAGAUCAAGAAGCUUAUCAAAAGCUUGGAGCAGGCAAGGGGAAACGGGACGAGCAUGAUCUCCCUGAUUAUACCUCCCAGAGAUCAGAUUUCGCGUGUUGCGAAAAUGCUGGCUGAUGAGUUUGGUACGGCCUCAAACAUCAAGUCAAGAGUGAACAGAUUGUCCGUGUUGGGUGCCAUCACAUCCGUGCAGCACAGGUUGAAAUUGUACACAAAGGUUCCAGCAAAAGGACUGGUGAUCUACUGUGGCACUAUCGUCACAGAAGAAGGUAAGGAAAAGAAAGUCAACAUCGAUUUUGAACCAUUCAAAGCCAUCAAUACAUCCCUCUACCUCUGUGACAACAAGUUCCACACUGAGGCCCUCUCGGCGUUGCUCGCUGAUGACAACAAGUUUGGUUUCAUCAUCAUGGAUGGUAAUGGUGCUUUGUUUGGAACUCUGCAAGGCAACACCAGGGAUGUCCUCCACAAAUUCACUGUGGACCUGCCCAAAAAGCAUGGUCGUGGAGGUCAGUCAGCGCUCCGAUUUGCCCGUCUCAGGAUGGAAAAGAGGCAUAACUAUGUGAGAAAAGUGGCUGAAACUGCAGUGACCUUUUUCAUCACCAAUGACCGGCCCAACAUUGCUGGGAUGAUCCUUGCAGGAAGUGCAGACUUCAAGACAGAGCUGAGCCAGUCAGACAUGUUUGAUCCUCGCCUCCAGGCAACAAUCAUCAAGCUGGUGGAUGUAUCAUAUGGUGGAGAGAAUGGUUUCAACCAAGCCAUUGAGCUGUCAGCUGAGUGCCUGGCAAAUGUCAAGUUCAUCCAGGAGAAGAAGCUGAUUGGGCGCUACUUUGAUGAGAUCAGCCAGGACACUGGGAAGUACUGCUUUGGAGUCAAAGACACCCUGGCUGCUCUGGAGCUUGGAGCAGUGGAAACCCUGAUCUGUUGGGAAAACUUGGACAUCCAGAGGAUUGUCCUCAAGAACCACGCAAGUGGGGAGGAGAAGAUUCUGCACUUGACACCUGAGGAAGAAAAGGACAGAUCCCACUUCACUGACAGUGAUUCAGGUGUUGAGAUGGAGCUGGUGGAUUCCAUGCCUUUGCUGGAGUGGCUGGCCAACAACUACAAGUCCUUCGGAGCAUCGCUUGAGAUCAUCACUGACAGGUCACAAGAGGGCUCACAGUUUGUCCGAGGGUUCGGUGGAGUGGGAGGGAUGCUGAGGUACACUGUCAACUUCCAGAGCAUUGAGGUCAAUGAGGAGGACUAUGACUAUGAUUCAGACUACUAAAUUUAGGUCAUUGUGAAGAGGCACAGCUGGUUAUCUGCGGGAAGUAUAUUGACUUGGUCUUUGAUACCGUUAUGGAGUGCUGAAAUUUAUUACAAGGACAUUGCAGUACAUGCUGUGAUCCUCCAUCUGCGCUCAUGGGGCUGGUGGUUGUAAGAUCUUUCUGGUGAGAUCCAAGGCUGGCUCAGAGAGACCAUUGAGAAUGAUUCUCGCCAGCUGCAUUGUUCACACUUCAUUUAGCUAAUACAUGUUUGUGGAAAGGC